UAAACAGUUACUCAAAUGUCGCAGUCUCUGCACGUAAAGACUUCAUCAACAUUUAUACGACUUCACUUUUUUUUUUUUGGAAGGAUUAUACGACUUAAUUCACUGAGUAGCUCGAGUGGUGGGGUAGCAAUAUAUUGGACCAGAACAUAACUCAUGAAUAUACAAGCAAGUUAGCCGGCUCAAGUUCAAAAUAAGAAUUUUUACCAUGAUACUAUGGGUCAAAACAUAACAAGAGAGGGGAGCAUCUCAGCUCAGGAUUUCAUGGAUGUAACUUCCGGGAAUGUGUUGACCGCGUCGGUGACGCAAUACCGCGUCACCCACAAUAACGGUGACGUACAAUUGCGUAACUGGCGUUGACGUUACAGUCCCCACUCUUCCCCCUUAUUUAUAUUUUCACCUCUAUCCUCCACUAAUCCUCUCCUCCCCCACACACGUCUUUCUCUCUCCACCAUGCACCAAGCCAUUCCCUACCGAACCUCCAUCCUGACCGGAACAUGUGACAUGGCACACGCCGGAGGAAUCAAAGAAUUCAACCUCGCCAAUCCAUCCAACGUUGCCGCAAUGGUUUCGGAGAGCGCAGUGGUAAUCAUUGGGAAACGGGGGUGCUGCAUGUGCCACGUGGUCAAAAGGUUGUUGCAAGGUCUGGGAGUGAACCCUCCCGUGUACGAGGUCGACGAGGACCACGAAUCCGCCGUUGCUCGCCACCUGUUCCCGCAGGGCGCCGAAACGGUGCAGUUUCCGGCGGUGUUCCUCGCCGGCAAGUUGUUCGGAGGGUUGGAAAGAGUUAUGGCAACUCAUAUCUCAGUGACAUAUGACAAGGUUUUCCUCAAACAUGAAGGCAAGUGUAACAUUGAGUUUUGAGAUGUAACCCAAUUUUCGCCACAAGUUGUGAAAAAAAAAAAGAUCAAGAAAAAAUGGUCUUUGGGAACACAAGCAUGGGGACGAUGAUCUCUCAUGCAUGCACACCGACAACGGAUUUCCUACGAGGGCAAGCACAUCUUAUGAGGCUACGCAUAUGGCAGUGAUGAAUUGCAGUGUAAUUAUAAGGGUUAUAGUGCAAGAGAAGAUUUUCCAAUGAGGCAAAAAGGGUUUUCAUACCUUCUUUGUUUGCUCUCUAUUGUGACUUUCUUGUUUUAUUGUAGCAACCGUGAGUGAUGAUGAGAAUCAAGGGAUGAAAGCACAUCCUUUUGCAAAUUCCAAAUGAAUCUAUUACAAGAACAGGAACAAAGAGAUUCAUGGAAGCAUUAAAAUGGAUUUAUUCAAGACAUUUGGCCCAAUCAUAAUCCUGUUCAAUUUGAAUUUGAGCUUAAACACAUGCUUACACUAAUUUGGGAUAAAGAUGGAGCUAUUAGAGGAGUUUUGGGCCAAAAUCACUCAAAUUGAGGUCCUUGGGUUAUUGACUAUACAUGUACUAGUUAAAAUUGUGCUCAAUUAUGUUAUUUUGGACUGAAGGAGUGCUUUUAUGGUCAAUUAAUGUAUUUUGAUGAAUUCAGAGUUGAAUAUGUUGUCUUUUCAUUUACUUUGGUUCAAUAAGAGUCUUUUUAGAUUGGGGAUAAUAAAUGUAUUCAAUUGUUGCAUAAACAAACAAAUUAAAGUGAGCAUUUUGAUUUGCCUAGUAAUUGUGCUAUUACAUAGGCAUUUAGUGCUAGUAAUUACCUAGGUCAGCACUUAUAUUAUACAAAGGCAAAAACUCACUGUAUCCAACACCAAGUUGGAUGAAGCAAAUAUUUUGAACGAUUCA